UGCCCCCGGGGUAGGGCGGUGGUGAUAGUUGGUGCUGGGACCACAAAGCCUGAAAUGUAAUCUGUAGGCCCAACUUCUGCCUGGGGAUGCAUAUGGUCAUGCUUGACUGACUUGUUCUUUGUUAUAAGUUAUGUUGUCAUUUGUCCACUCUACUGUAGUACAGUCUGGAUUAUUGGUCAACACAUGUACACUGGUGAAACCUACAAGAUAUUCUCAGGAGAUAGUGUGAUUGGGAUAUUGACAGGAGUUCAGUUCUGGUUUUUGAAUCAACAGGAAUUGGCAAUGUUGCCAUGACAAGGGAGUCCAUGACCUGAAUGACUUUGACCUCAAUUUUGGGGUGACAUGUGAGGCUGCAGUCCUGGAUGGGGGUUGCUGGCCUGUUCAAGUAACCAUGGCAACAAUCAUGUCACAGUAACAUGGCCAUGUUGAGAAACGUUUUUGGAGGCUGUGUAUCUGACAGAAGCACCGAGUCCAUGCGAAACCAAAAGAUCAAGUUUGGAGCUCCACUCUCCCACAACAUUAAAAAUGGAUACCUGCCAGUUCCUUUGGUGGAAAUACUUAUAUACAUUGCCCAUGAAGGCAUGAGCACGGCCGACCUAUUCCGACGUCCAGGGAAUCCGUCAGACACCCGUCAUAUAGUUAAGAGGAUGACCGAGGGCAAGCCUGUCAUCUAUCAGAACUAUAAUAUGUACACGCUGGCCUCUGUUGUCAAGAAGUUCCUGCUGCGUCUGCCUGAUGGAAUAUUUGGUCAGAAUGGAGAAGAGACCCUGUUGAGUGUUCUCAGUCUGGGCCACAAGAUGGAACAGUAUGAGGCUGUGCACGAGUACAUCACGUCUCUACAUCAGGCCCAUCAACAACUGGUGUCUCUACUAUUUGGUAUAUGGUUCACAAUGAUCAACAACUGUGAUGUCAACUUCAUGACAACAGAGGCAUUGUCACGCAGUGUUGCCGGCAGCGUGUUCCAUUCCUGUGCAGCUGACCCAGGGAAAGUGGAGAAAGCAAGUCGUAUCAUGCAGCUGCUAAUUGAGAACUUUGGUGUUGCUAGUAUGUUCGGCCAACAGAACAUAGAGUAUUUCGCUGACACUACUCGCACAGGGAUUCAUAUACGGGAAAAAUUCCGUUACGAAUUCCAAUAUUUAUCAGAGGAUAUUCUACCUCGUGAUCAGGCGGUACAAUGGUAUUCCCUGUUCCUGGUCCAGGAGGCUCACCUGCGAGCCUUCCACCCAGUGAAGCAUGCUAUAUCUGAAGAAGGUUUUUAUGAGAUGCAUGCCCAGCGAGAAGGUGUGCAUGAACCUAGUCACACACCAGAGCACUCACCACAGAUGGACCCAAAAUAUCUGCUGUCCCCACGGCGCGAUGAUUAUGACGAGGACGGCGAUUCUACUUGCUCACGCCUUAUGGCCGCCUCUACAAUAUCAGCACCUGAAGUGUCAUUAGCCCCCUCUCCUGGCAACAUAGGAAAGAGACCAAAAUCACUAGAAGACAAUUUGAAUGAUAGUAGUUCUACAGAACCUCCACCACCAAAGGCUAGUCUCAGCCGAUUUAAUUCUGUCAAGCGCAAACAAUUGGAACGGUUACGGCAGAGAUCUGAUUGGUUCCUUGGACCUGGUAAUGGUCAGAAAUCUAGUAAUGGCCAGACUACUGGCCAAUCAGGAACCUCAUUCCCACAAUACACCCGCGAACAUGAAAGACUUGUGGCAAAAAGUUCAGGGAAUUCCGUCACUAAGGCAUCUUCUGAAGGCGCUGCGCUUGAUGUCAUGUCAUCUGAUGUGGACAGUGUUUUUUCCGAAGAUAGUCGUAGUGAGUCGCCUGCGUCAGAGCCUGUACGGACUCCACCCAUUAGGGUUACCCGUGACAUCAUCCACAGUGACACUAUAGUGGAUACGCCCAUGGACAUGAGUAUGAGUCACGAGUCACAAGACCUCAACAUGGAUGAGGACGAGGAGAUGGUGGAUAGUGAGGUGUGCUACUUCGUGGUGGAGCACAAGUACGGCCACACCGAGUCCUAGCGCUCAGCUACAACCAUAGUCAUGGACAGAUUCCUUCUUAUGUAUUAACAGUACUGAUAGGGAAAGCUUUCAUGUUUUUUCCAUUGCGUACUAAGUGUAAGUUUCUUCCCUUUUUAAGAUUCUCGCCAUUUACACAUUUAUUUGAUGUACUCCAGAGAUUCUGCUUACCCAUGAGAAUAACUUUUUUAAGAGACAUAAUAUAAGUACUUAUGUUCUGGGAUUUUGUUUUCCCUGUGUAAUACCUAGUGCGUUUUAUCUUACAGACACGUUUUUACUGUUUUACAUUUUAAAUGACAGCAUAGGAAGGUGUUUGGACCAUAGUUUCAAUCAUACACUGUACUUAUACAUGAUGUACCAUUUUACCACAUACUUCUCAUGUCGUAAAUUCCUUUGCUUUUUGUUUUGCAGUUUGCAUAAUGUAGAUAGUGUUGCAGUAGCUUAUUUCUGUUCUUUUUCCAUCAGAAAUAUUGCAAUUAUAAAAUUAUAUAGGUAUCCAGUAGUAAUUUUGAUUAGGAAGUGUUGUUCAGGACAGUCAGUGUGGCUGGCUGGAGACAGUUUAGGUUUGAUUAAUAAUGAGACUUGCUAAUUGGAGCUUAAACAAGCACAUUGCAUCACAAAUCAUUUCAGUUGCAACAUUUUGUUUAAAAAUUUAUUUUUUAAGGGUUGAAACUUUAAAGGCAUGAAAUUCAGAAUGUUGGCAAAUAUGCAUGUAUAUAAACUUAGGUAAACCUAAAUGAAUAUUAUUCAAUUAAAAUGGACUAAAUACACCUUAAACAGUUAUCUCCCCUAAAACAACCUCCUUUUCAGAGGACACUGACUGAAAGUUCUCAACAAGUGCAAUACAUGUCAAAGUUGUUUAAAAUGUGUGUUAGAAAGUCCCAUAUGUUAAACACAUGCAUACAUAUAAAUUAGUAAGUGUAUCAUAUUUGAAAACAAUCUUAGAGCAUUUUACUUUUGGUUGAGAAAUUGGACAUUUAUUGUUAGUGAAGUAGUACAUUGGCUUCACCAACUUCUCGUU